ACAAAGACACAACCUCUGGAAGCUGUCUUUAGCUUCCUACUAGACACUUUUAUUGCCAUUUGCCUAUGUUCUAUGAAAAAGAAGUAAAAGAAAAUCACUGAAAAUGUUUGCCAAAAAGCAAAGUGAGAUAGUCAGUUACUCUGAGUCAAAAAAGGAGGUUGAGAAUUCCAACAUCACAAGAAGAUGGUCCAGAAGUACUCUUGACCUUCCAGUGGUCCCUGUACUUGAAAUCCCAUCCUCAGUACAAGCAGUCAUCUCUAGGAUUGAGCAAGCACAGCUCCUUCGAGCCAGAGAGGAUGUUAAUAUGCAGCUGAAUGACAUAAUGAACAAUGUGCAUCAUACUCGUUAUACUGCUAUUGAUCUUAACUCAUCUUCUGAAAGAAAGAGCUCCUAUACAGAAUCUAAGAAAACACAGAGAAAUCUUUUACUGGAGAAAGUAACUGCUUAUGCUAAGGCUGCUGAUCUUAGAGAAAAGACUCUUGGCUACAUUCUGGCUUGGUUGGAAGAAUGGAAUGCCAUUUUGUCUGAAAUAGCUGUAAUUGAUGUUGAUGAACACCACCACUGGAUAGCACAAAUGGAGAUGUUUCCAGACAUGUUAAAAGCUAUUAACAACAAUGUCAAGAUACUGUGUAAAAUUAGUAGAUCUUUCCUUAAUAAUAAGAAGAAACAAAAGAAAAAAAUCUUAACUAGAGGUACUCUGUGGAAAUCUUGGAAAGAAAGAGCUAUAAAGCAACCUGCAACAACCCAUGCUUUAAGACCAGAUCAGAUGAUUAGUGAUCAAUUUGCAACAAAUACAAAGGUUUCAGAAAUUCAAGAUAUGCUACAGGAACUUAUAGGCACAGAAAUGUUCAACAAAUUGGAAAAUAAUGCUAUUAAAUACAUAUCAUCAACAAUAAUAAACUUUUCUAAAGCCUUGAAUACACUAAAUGAUGAAUUAAAAAUUGUUAACUUCCAAAAUAUCAGUAUGUAUGUAGAUGAAGCAAGAGAAGAAGAAAAAGAUCUCUCCCUGAAGAUAAUCCAAGAUCUCAGUGAACAAAAUGAAAUGCUUACUCAGAGACUUAAAGAUGUAGAAGAAAAAUGUGAACAACUUAUUCGAUCCAAAGUUGUUUCAGGACACCGAGCAUACAUAUCAUCACCCACAUUCUCAACCUUGAAAGUACCACCUGGACUUUCUCCACAGUCGUCCAUGACCACAGAGGACACUAUGGACAGUAUUUUAACCAAAGAAUUUGAAAAUAUUAUAGAUGAAUCCCAAAGAAAAGGGACCAAAGGCACUGGGAUAAAGUGGGAUUCAGCUAUUUCAUAUACAGCUCAAGUUGAAAUGAUUCCAAAUUUAACUGAACAGCAACAUAUUUUACCUGAAAAAAAGUGGAAAAUUCCUUCUCAAGAUAUUGCUAGAGAUAACAUAUCACUGAAGAAAGAUGAUAAUGAUCAAAAAGAUGGGACUGGUGGGUAUUCAUCACAAAACAGAAAGCUCACAAAAGACCCACAUCCACAUGAGAUCUCUGAAUCAAAUCUGAGUAUUAGUAGAGAUGAACAAAAAGCCUCAGAGGCCAAACCUAGUCAAUACUCUGAGUUACAAGCCCAGGAAAAGAAGAGAAAAUGAAGAAAAUCAUCUUCCGAAGCCAAAUCAAAGUCAUCUACUGAAUCAAAAAGCCAACAUAUCUCUUCUAUGGAAACAAAAAGCCAAGAUCAGAAAAGUGGACAAAGUAUGUGGGAACAACUCAGGAAGUUCAAGCCUGAAUAUUCACUUAGAAAAGGCCCAAUUCCAUCAGAAACUAAAGUAGAACCCACCACUAAGUCAAUGGACAAAGACAUCAAAAGUGAACUGAGUAUCCAAACAGAGCCAUUCAGGAUGAUCAAGCCUGGUUUCACCUCUGAGCCCCAGAAAGUUGAAAUGAAAGGAAAGCAAAACCGAAUCUUUUUGGGAACUACCACAAGCAAAGAAGAAAAAACUGAAGAGAAAGAAAUGUUAUUCUUCACCAAACAAGCCCAGUCUUGGCAACUUGCUAAAUUACAGUCAAAGACCACUAAAGAGACUACAGAUGGCAAAAGUGAACAGAACCUAGAAUUAUUUCAAAAAGCUAUACUGGCUUUCCUAAAAGAAAAAAUUGACAACACAGGAAAGCCUUUUGAUAAAAAGAGUGUGUUGAAGGAAGAAGAGUUACUUAUGAAAGCAGAAGGUGAAAAAUUGGGAGUUAUAAGGGCAAAAAUGGAGGAAUAUUUCCAAAGAGUGGCUGAAACUGUUACUAAAAUCUUGAGAAAAUACAAAGAUAUAAAAAUGGAAGGACAAGUUGGAGAGAAGCCUAUAAAGCAAAAACAAGGAGUCUCAUUUAUGCCAGGAUUGCAUUAUCAGGCGUCAUCAAUUAAUGAAAAGCCUGAAAUUAGCUUCUUCCUCUCAAAUGAGAGCACAGACCCAAUAAUUAACAAUUUAAUACAAAUGAUCGUGGCUGAAAUGGAAAGUGAAAGAGAUGUUCCAAAAGUUUUGAUAAUAGGAAAAAGCCACAAGGAGAAAGGAAAAAAGGAGCAGGAGAAAGGAAAAAAGGAGCAGGAGAAAUAUUUGCAAGAAGGUCAAGAACAGACAUCUGGUAUGGAUCUCAGUAUCAUCAACGAGAAGUAAAAAAAUCUCUGGAAGGAGAGCUAUACGAUGAUAAAGGAUUUGGAGGAGAAUAAGACAUUGCUCCAGAUGAAGGAGGGAAAGCAUGGGCAACAGGAGCAGAAACAGUGGCAAGAAGAAGAGGUGUGGAAGGAACAGCAGAUUCAGCAGGAUAAGAAACAAAAACAAUGGGAAAGUGAGAGAGAAGAGCAGCAGAAGCCAAAGCAGCAACAGCAGCUGGAACCAUGGAAGCAAAAGAUAAAAGAACAAGAAGUGCCCUUGGAAGAGAAGGAUAGAGAAAUGAUCCAACAGGUUCAGAAGAAAAUGAGGCAUCAGGACCUGAAAAUGAGUAGGGAAAAAGAUGAGGAGAAGCAGAAGUUGAGCAGAGUGAUAGAGGACCUCAAAAGGCAGAGGCAGAACACAGCAAAGUAUCAGAUGAAGAAAGAAUCUGAAGACCUAGCAAAAAUGAUCAAGCAAAGUCCAAUGAUAUUAUCUCUAAGGGGGAAGAGCACAUUGAAAAAUAAAACCCAGUUAUACCAAGGAAAAAAGAUCCAAAGGAAUCUUAAGACAUUACAAAGUCUUCCAGAUGGAAAGCACCCCAUACCAGUCACUCCCCCCACCUCCACCCAAUCCUCGCCAAGUGGGACCACUCUUGUUUCUGGGCACCAUCUCACAAAAUACAUCACUCUCAAUCCUGUGCAGGCUCUGGCACUGGGGAUCACUCCCACCCCUCAGGAGGUUCAGAAAAUGGAAUUCACCACUGCCCCUGUGAUACCUCAGACUUCAGGUGUAACACUCACCUCUGAGCAGGCACAGGCUUUGAGGGCUCCUCUUACUCUUGAAAACAUUUCAAAAAUGAAGUUCCCUUUCAUAACAGAGCAGGCACAGGAAGUAGGCACCAUAAGAACUCAGGAACAACCUGAAGCAUCUAGGGUCCCUAUUACCCUCAAACCAGCACAGAAACUAAAGGAAUCUCUCAUACCAGAAAUAACUCAGGCAAUUCAGACCCCAUCAACAUCUAAAAAGUCACAGAUAUUUGGGGUUCCUAUUGCCCAAGGGAAGACUGAGACCCUGAGGAUUACUCACACCCCUCAGCAGGCUCAGGACCUGCAGAUCCCUCUGACUCCUCAGCAGGCCCAGGACUUAGGGAUCCCUCUGACCCCUCAGCAGGCUCAGGCUCAAGGGAUCACUCUGACCCCUCAGCAAGCUCAGGCUCAAGGGAUCACUCUGACCCCUCAGCAGGCCAAGGACUUAGGGAUCCCUCUGACCUCUCAGCAGGUUCAGACUAGAGGGAUCACUCUGACCCCUCAACAAGCCCAGGCUCAAGGGAUCACUCUGACCCCUCAGCAGGCCAAGGACUUAGGGAUCCCUCUGACCCCUCAGCAGGUUCAGGCUCAAGGGAUCACUCUGACCUCUCAGGAGGCCCAGGAUCUCGGUAUCACUUUGGCCCCUCAGCAGGCUCAGGCUCAAGGGAUCACUCUCACCCCUCAGCAGAAACAAGCUCAAAGGAUCACACUCACUCCUCAGCAAGCUCAGGCAUUUGACACCCCUCUGACCUGGCAAAAGCUUGCCACACUGGCUCCUUCUACUCUUAGACCAUCUCAGGAAUUGAGGGCCUCUUCUACUCAGAUGCCCAUUACAUCAAGAUUAUCUCAAAGGCCUAGGCUGCCCCUGAUAUCUGCUCCUCCUAUUGAGAAGAUCUCUUUACCCAGGGUUUCUUCUCCUUUGCAAAAAUUAAGACCUCUUCUCAGCCAAACCCCUUUUACUCCUGGUAAACACUUAGGAAUGAGCAUUCUUUCUGCUCCUGGAAGACUCCUGAGCCCACAGAUCCUUCCUAUCUCCAGUCAGAUGUUAGUACUUAAAGGUCAAGCCAUUCCUACAGAGUCUCUAGCACUAGAGGUUUCUCAUCCUGGGCAUUGCCCAUUGUCUGGGGCCCCUCCCACUACAGAGCAGCCCCUUCAACCAGAGGCCCUAAGCUCUGGUGACUUCUUCGUACUUGGAAACCCUCUGACUCCCUGGCCACCUCUGGGUUCCCAGGCCCCUCUCGCCCUCAGGCCACCUCUUCUAUCUAGAGUCCCACCCACCUCUGGACAGAUUCCCAGACUCUGGGCUUCCCUGUCUUCUGGGCAGCCCUUAGUUGCUGGAGUAUCUUCCAUCUGGAGGGAGGAGCUCCUGGAAUCUGAAACCUUAACCUUCUCUGCGCAGCCUCAGGGAUUCCAGCCUCCUGCCUCCCCUGAGCAGUCUCUACUGACCCCUUCUACCUUCGGACAGCCUCUGGCACCAUGGACCUUUCCUGGGCAAGUUUCCCCAUUAUGGAUCCCUCCCACUCCUAGGAAUACCUCCACAUUGUGGGCUUCCUCAACCUCAGGGAAGCCUCAGAGAGUUUUGUCCUCUUCUGUCACUCAGAAAAGACUGGCAAUUGUGUCUUCUCUAAAAUCUAGAUCAGCAGUGGUCCAGGCAAGGGCUAUAGAUUUCAAGGUAUCUCAAGCUCCUCUCACCACUAAGAAGGUCCAAAUAUCAGAGCCCCCUGCCACUUAUGAAGAAACCCAGAUACUCCAAGAUACUUGUGUAAUGGAACCAUUUCAAAGACUUCAGUCAUUUCUCACCAAUUAUAGGACACCAGUUUCACAAGCCCCUUACAUUGAUGAGGCAGUCCUUCCCACUUUCAUGAAGCCUACAUCAUUACCUUCUCUUAUUACUCAGCAACCCAAAAUGCCACAGAACUCACCUGAAGGGGACCGGAAAUCCCUAUUCCCCUCUACAGACCAGCACUCGAUACUGACUUCAGUUUCAGGUACCAAGAAACCCAUGAUGGUUCCUCCUUCCUCUCCUAAAGAGAUUUUGGAGAAGAGGUACUUUGUUGAUGUGGAGGCUCAGAGGAAGAACCUGGAAUUAUUAAGUCAGGCCACAAAAACUUCUGGACUCCCAUCACAGCAAUACACAACAGCUAGGAAUCUCAUAAUUGGAACACUUCAUAUGGCCACAGUCCGGCUGGGAUACGUGCUCCGAAAGUACAUUGCCUAUAGGCUGAUCCAGUGUGCCAGAAAUAACAUAAUGAAACGAUUAAAAGCCAGCCAAAACACUGGGAAAGGUUAUGAGACCCAGAACCUCUACAUCAUGCUAAGCAGAAUUGAUGAUUAUCAGAAAAGGGUGAUGGGGAUCUGGACCGAAAAGCAGAAGUCUUUAGAGCAGAAACGAAAUCAAUGCCUGAAGAAAAUGAUGCGCUUAUUUAGCCAGUUCCAAGAGAUGUAUAGAUUGAAUCUUAAUCAACCUAUCCCCUUGAUAUUUGACAAAAAGCAGAUACCUCCCUCUACCACAUUUAUUCCACAGCCAUUCCUAGAGUUUCUAAUUGAAGAGGACAAAAAAUCUGACAUUUUCAAGAAAUUUAGACAAAAAGAAACUCGGAGGGAGGCCAUUUGGAAUGCUGAUCUGUCCACCUCAAGCUACCCAAUAACAGAGACGACAUCAAUAACAUCACUCUGGGCUCAGCUGGGUGGGUACCCAGAUAUUCCUAGACUGCUCCAAUUAGAUAUUCAGUCUACCUUCAGAAAAUCUCUUGCAUCCAUUCAAUCACAGUCUAAGAAGAUUUCCAAGUGACUGUAAAAUUCAGCGCAAGC